GCGGCGGAGGGAUCCCGGCGAGCGGUGUGCUGCGGCCGGGCCGGGUGAAUGGGAUUGAAGAAGAGUUCAGCUUCUCGGCUUGUUUUUGUGUUACAGUUUCUCUCCUCCUGCGCCUCUUCGGCUUCGUGCCGCCCUCCCCGCCCGCUCCCUCCUCCCCGCCGCAGGAGGAGCCCCCCGCGGAGAGGGGGAAGGAAAAGGACCCCACAGAGGCGAGAGCGAGCGAAGAGGAGGAGGAGAAGGGAGCAACCUACCAUCUUCCACUCCCCGCUUAGCUUAAAGAAAGUGAGAGGAGAGAGAGAGAGGCGCCCAGAAGAGGGGGACAGGGAGGCCCAGAGGAGCGGCGGCGCCGGCACCCUCCCCCUAUGAAGAAGAGUCCUCCCCCUCACAGAGAGGUCCUGCCAGGGGGACCCCGGCCGGCCCGCAGCAGCACCGCCGCCGCCGCCAGCAGGCGCCGGGAAAAUUCCGUUUCUUCAGCAACUUGUUAUUCCGGAGCCGGGCCUGCUCCCCCCGCCCUGGGGCUGCCCUUCCCGCACAGGAGGGGGUAGAGAGCUGAAAGGGAUAACUUACUCAAAACUGGACUGGUGUUAAAGAGGAAAGCAGAAACUAAAGGCACUGGAAUCAGCAAAGACACUUCUAGAGAAAGUGGAGAAGGUAGAGAAUGGAGCUGCAGACUCUACAGGAGGCUCUGAAAGUGGAAAUUCAGGUUCACCAGAAAUUGGUUGCCCAAAUGAAGCAAGAUCCACAGAUAUUUUUUCUUUCUAAUCAGAACGCUGAUUUGAAGAAACAACUUCAUGAACUUCAAGCCAAAAUCACAGCUCUGAGUGAGAAACAGAAAAGAGUGGUGGAGCAGCUUCGGAAGAAUUUGAUAGUGAAGCAGGAACAGCCAGACAGUAAAUUUCAAAUACAGCCAUUGGCACAGUCAGAAAACAAACUACAGACACCACAGCCACAACCACUACAACAGCUACAGCAACACCACCAUCAACAGCAGCAACAGUCCACGGCACCCUCUCCAAACGUGAUAGGAUCACAGAAAACUGUAACUACAGCUUCUAUGAUCACCACUAAGACACUACCUCUCGUCUUGAAAGCAGCAACUGCGACCAUGCCUGCCUCUGUUGUGGGUCAGAGACCUACCAUUGCCAUGGUUACUGCUAUCAACAACAAUCAGAAAGCAGUCCUCAGCACUGAUGCGCAGAAUGCACCAGUCAACCUCCAGACAACAAAUAAGGUCACUGGGCCAGGAGCUGAGGCAGUCCAAAUAGUGACAAAAAACACAGUAACUUUGCAGGUUCAGGCUACGCCUCAGCCCAUAAAAGUGCCGCAGUUCAUCCCUCCUCCCAGACUUACUCCUCGUCCAAAUUUUCUUCCACAGGUUCGACCUAAACCAGUUGCCCAAAAUAACAUUCCUAUUGCCCCUGCACCUCCUCCAAUGCUUGCAGCUCCUCAGCUUAUUCAGAGGCCUGUGAUGUUGACAACAAAGUUCACACCCACCUCUUUACCCAACUCUCAGAACUCCAUCCAUCCAGUUCGUGUAGUUAACGGGCAAACAGCAACCAUAGCCAAAACCUUCCCUAUGGCACAGCUCACCAGCAUCGUGAUAGCAGCACCGGGCACCAGGCUCGCUGGGCCUCAGACUGUACAGAUCAGCAAACCAAACAUUGAAAAACAGACUAUUAAACCACAUGUGGAAACAGAAGAAAAGCAAACAGAAAGUCGUACAGUAACUCCACCUGCUGCACCGAAGCCAAAACGAGAAGAAAAUCCACAGAAACUUGCCUUCAUGGUGUCUCUGGGACUAGUUACUCAUGACCACCUGGAAGAAAUCCAAAGUAAGCGACAAGAGAGGAAAAGAAGAACAACAGCAAAUCCAGUGUACAGUGGAGCCGUUUUUGAGCCUGAGCGCAAGAAGAGUACAGUGACGUACCUGAACAGCACAAUGCAUCCCGGGACACGUAAAAGAGGUCGUCCACCUAAAUACAACACGGUGUUGGGGUUCGGGGCUUUGACCCCCACGUCCCCUCUCUCCAGUUAUCCUGACUCCCCUGAAAAUGAAAAGACAGAGACCACAUUUACUUUUCCCGCAGCUGUUCAGCCUGUGUCCCUGCCUAGCCCCAGCUCCACAGACGGUGAUAUCCAUGAGGAUUUUUGCAGCGUUUGCAGAAAAAGUGGGCAGUUGCUGAUGUGUGACACAUGUUCACGUGUUUAUCACCUGGAUUGUCUGGACCCGCCUCUGAAAACCAUUCCUAAGGGCAUGUGGAUCUGUCCCAAAUGUCAAGACCAGAUGCUAAAGAAGGAGGAAGCAAUCCCAUGGCCAGGAACUUUAGCAAUUGUUCAUUCAUAUAUUGCAUAUAAAGCAGCAAAAGAAGAGGAAAAACAGAAACUACUUAAAUGGAGUUCAGAUUUAAAACAGGAAAGAGAACAACUAGAGCAGAAGGUCAAACAGCUCAGCAAUUCUAUAACAAAAUGCAUGGAAAUGAAGAAUACCAUCCUUGCAAAACAGAAGGAGAUGCACAGCUCCUUGGAGAAGGUAAAACAGCUGAUCCGCCUCAUCCAAGGCAUCGACCUUUCAAAACCCAUAAACUCUGAGGUCAAUUCAGUAGCCAUCUCCAACGGCAUGGACUCCACUAACAAUACUAAUGCUGCCACCUCCACCUUAGCCCCCUCCCCUUCCCAGAGCUGCAUGGUGAACUGUAACAAGGGCGAUGAGACUAAAUAACACAGUGAAGUUAAGAAGGAGCCAAGGGAGGUGGCGGCAAGGAGAAAGAGCAAAAUAAAGAAACUCUAGAAAAGCAAAACUGGA